AUGUCGAAGCAGUAUGUGAAAAACAGCAUGCCAUCUUAUGACUUCAUGUCCCAACGCAAUGAAAUGAAUGAGACUCCGUGGGACAUCUUCACCAAGGAGCACACGGAACUUAUGAAGGAAUGUAAUGAAUCAGUAAAGGACACGUGUGGAUCUUACAUUGUUGCAGCUACUCUGGUUACUGGUUCUGCCUUUUCUGCAUGUUUCCAGCAGGACAUUGAUAGAUUUGGUCAAAAAUUUUCUAUCUCCUUGCUACUUUCAUUUCUCUUCUCUAUCGCUUCAUUGACUACUUUUCUAGCCAUUUAUAUCUCUAGAAAGGAACCCCCCAAAGGUUUUCGUCGAAGUUUGCCGUUGAAACUUUGUAUGGACAUCAUUUCAUUCCUCGCAUCACUUGUCUCAAUGUUGAUUGCUUUCUAUGCUGCACUAUCCUAUGACUUUCGACCUCAAGAGGAGUAUAAGCCUAUCAUAUCCUAUGGGGUCAUUUUAUUACCAGUAGCAUUGCUAUACACAUUUGCCCAGCUUCCAUUAUAUUGGCAUCUUUUCAAAGUCUCAAUUAUUACAAAGGUGCCGAACCCAAGAAUUGUGGAAGAAGAAAGCAUAUCACGUUUUUUCCCCGACUUGAGAACAGAACAAGAAGAUCAUAACCUGCCCAAUGUAAGAGAUGAUGAAAGACCAGAUAGAAGUUCAUAA